CUCCAAUUGUUUAAUCCAUCGCAAUGAUAAACUUUGCGAUAGCCACCUGAAGAAUUGGUUGACCCGCCGAUGUGGCGUCAGGCCCGUUGACUAUUUUCACUGGAUCGAGGCAACCCCCUCUCCCCGAACGAGACCAACACACGAACCCAAGUGUCAGAACCCGGCGUGAGGAACAAAAGGGAGUCGACAGCCCUACGGUUCCUGGCUGACACUCACUCACAAUCUUUCUUGAACUCUGAGCAGCCAGAUGACUCGGAUAUUGAGGGAGCUCGAAACCUAAACCGCCUUCGCUUUCAGGCUCCCCACCCAGCCUCUCGGACUUGGACUCCAGGAUGACGUCCAGUGCGAACACCUGGGUGUGGUUUGCAGUGGUGCUGCUGAUCACACUCAUGCGAUUUGUCUCCCGUGCCUUGCAAGUGGGUUCGAUUCGUAACCUGCAGAUCGAGGACUAUGUGAUGCUGGUGACAGUGAUUCUCUACAUACUACUCACGGUCUUCCUCAUACUUGUCGCCCAGCAUGGAACCAACGAGAUCCCCAUGAACCAGAUCGACAGUAUCGAUCCCGCCACCAUCCCCGAUCGCAUCCUGGGCAGCAAGAUGGUCAUCGUGGUGGAACAGAUGUGGUUGGGGACAAUCUGGGGGUGCAAGGCGUGUCUGCUGCUGCUGUACUCGACCAUGACCAAGGGCCUGACGCAGCACAAAUGGGUCAAAGGCAUCAGCCUGUUCUGCGCGGUGUGCUUCCUGCUGAUCGAGAUCCUCUUCUUCGGCGGCUGGUGCCACCCGUUUUCCGCGUACUGGAGCGUGCCCCCGAAGAGCGUGCAGUGCUCCGUCUACCGCAACCACCUGAUCCUCUCGCUGGCGCUCAACGUCGCGACGGACCUGAUGAUCAUGGCGAUCCCGCUGCCGCUGCUGGUCAAGGCGAAGCUGAACCUGACCAAGAAGCUGACGCUGCUGGGGGUGUUCUCGCUGGGGGCGUUCGUGAUCCUGUGCUCGAUCCUGUCGAAGUACUACUCGAUCUCGCAGCCGUACGGCGACGAGUGGGUCGACUGGUACGUGCGCGAGGCGGCGACGGCGGUGAUCGUGGCCAACCUGCCGCAGACGUGGACGCUGUUCCGGCGCAUGUUCAACCUGAAGGGGUUCCUGCACCACUCCUCCUACGACCGCAGCAGCCGCACGCGCAGCCGCAAGACGACGGGCAAGUUCACCAGCCGCUUCGACAGCUCCACCAUCCACCUGUCGCGCUUCCGCAACGGCGACAAGUCCCAGCUGCGCUCCACCAUCGACCGCACCGAGUCCGGCGAGCGCAUCCACGACACCCGCCUGGAGAUCUGGGAGCAGCGCCAGUUCCACGUCACCAACGAGGCCGACGAGGAGGCCACCCGCCACAGCCCCAGCCUGAGCGAGACCAGCAGCGCCCGCAGCAUCGACUUCGACGCCGCCGGCAGUUUCCCCGUGCCCCACGUCAAGACGACGGUCACGACCACCACGACGCCGGUGUAA